GCGGUCGCCUGCCUCGACUGUUGUUAGAUCGGACUCGCGCAUUUACCUGUCUCCCCCCCCUCCCUCUUUUUUUUUUUUUUUUCUUUUUGUUUUUUUGGGGGGGUAUUUUUUUUUCCACGGAUACACGUUUUAAUUAAAAAAAAACAACGUUUAUGGUCUUGACUGAAGAUUUCACCAUGUCUCGCACUGACGAGGUUCACCGCCUGACGGAAAAUGUCUACAAGACCAUUAUGGAGCAGUUCAAUCCCUGCUUACGGAACUUUGUUGCCAUGGGGAAGAACUAUGAGAAGGCGCUGGCCAAUGUGACAUUUGCUGCCAAAGGCUACUUUGAUGCUUUGGUCAGAAUGGGUGAACUGGCCAGUGAGAGUCAAGGAUCCAAAGACUUGGGGGAUGUGCUGUUCCAGAUGGCAGAGGUCCACAGACAGAUCCAAGUGCAGCUAGAGGAGAUGCUUAAAUCCUUCCACAAUGAGCUUCUGUCUGAGCUGGAGAAGAAGGUGGAGCUGGAUGCUCGUUAUUUGACUGCUGCCCUGAAGAAAUACCAGAUGGAACACAAGAGCAAAGGGGAGAGUCUGGAGAAGUGCCAAGCUGAACUAAAGAAGCUGCGCAGGAAGAGUCAGGGCAGCAAGAACCCCUCAAAGUAUGGAGAAAAAGAGAUACAGUAUGUGGAGACAAUCAGCAGUAAGCAGACUGAGCUGGACACCUUCAUCGCUGAUGGAUACAAGACGGCCUUGUCUGAGGAGCGUCGCAGGUACUGCUUCCUGGUCGACCGCCAGUGUGCUGUGGCUAAGAACAGCAGUGCCUACCAUGGCAAGGGUAAAGACCUUCUGACCCAGAAGAUCCCAGUGUGGCAACAGGCCUGCUCAGACCCAAACAAGCUCCCGGAGAGGGCCAUGCUCCUGGCCCAACAGAUGGGCUCUGCUGCCCUUGGGGGCGCAAGUCCUCUGCAUACCUCCAAAUCCAAUCUGGUCAUUUCAGACCCCAUUCCUGGGGCGCAGCCGCUUCCUGUGCCCCCAGAGUUGGCUGUCUUUAUGGGUAGUGGCCUUGGACACCCAGCGAGGCUGAUGGGCCCUGAUGGUAUGUCCAUGGUCAAUGGGACAACAGGAGUCCAAGGAGAGGAAUACUGGGCAGAUGAGGGGACAAUGUCUAUUUCUCAAGUUAGGCCUUCAUCCCCUUCGACCCAGGCACAGGGACAGUCCCAGGCCCAGCCCCAGAGACAGGUCAGCGACGUCUACUCCAACACCCUCCCUGUCCGCAGGCCUGCCCCCGCCAAGAAUAAAAACCCAGUGGGGGAAACACGGACCCUGCCUAGGUCCAGUUCAAUGGCAGCAGGACUGGAAAAGAAUGGGCGCUCCCGUGUCCAGGCCAUCUUCUCCCAUGCUGCAGGUGACAACAGCACCCUGCUUAGUUUCUCUGAGGGAGAUGUCAUCACCCUGCUAGUGCCUGAAGCCCGUGAUGGCUGGCACUAUGGGGAGAAUGAGAAAAACAAGAUGCGUGGCUGGUUCCCGUUCUCCUACACGCGCGUGCUUCCUGACAGUGACAGUGAGAAGCUCAGAGUGAACCUGCACCAUGGGAAAAGUAGCAGCACAGGGAACUUGUUGGAGAAUGAUGCAUCAGUGCCCACACCGGACUAUGGCCUGACUGCCCGACUGCUGGCGCAAAGCCUAGCACAGCCCCGCCCACGCCCCUACAGCAUGGCAGGCUUUGGCACCCAGCCUGCUAUUGAGGAUUAUGAUGGUCGCUUUGCCACAAGUUUGGGUCCAGAAUUAUCCCGGUUCUGAGGGAACAGGACCUCCUGACCGUUCCCUGGAGGUCUACCUCCGGCCUUCCUUCUGUGAUGACCGAUCUGCACCCAUCUUCUACUAGUGGCCUGCUGUCCCCCCCAAUUAACACUCAUGGGCCCUUCUUUUUAUAAAGCAAGAGAAAAUGACAACACUGGCAGGUUUCAGUUGUAUUAUGUUAUCACAAGAGGGCCCAGAAGUGUUUUUUUUUUUCUUUUUUUUUUAAUGUUUUUUUUUUAAUUCGGGGGGGCCUCAAGGAAUGCAUUACACUACUAAGAAUUUAUUUUCUGGCUUGUGAAAAUACACUUAGAGAAAUUCCCAUCAAUGUUUUGCAAAUGCUUUCACAAAACAUUGAAUGUUUCAGCCCGAACAUUCAAGUGCAAGUGUGACAGUAGAUUUAAUUAGUUAUUUAGAGCAUAUAAUUGUGAAUAAGGUAUUGCUAAGAAGUUUUAAUAGUGAUGCCAAUACAUUAAUAUUUAUCUGCUCUUCUGUUGUGGUAUCUUUUUCUUUUUUUUUUGGGCUUCUUCAACACUAUACACUGUAACUUUCACUGGAACAUUAUUUGCAUUAAUGAGCAGUGAAGGCACGCUCAGCAAUAGUUACUUACGUGAGAACUGAAAGUAUGUUUAAGAUGGUUGGAAACAGUUUACUGUGCAUUGCUGUAAUGUGAACUGACUUAACUGAAUAAUCAAACAGAUGGUUGAACCCUGACAGUAAAUGAGUAAACUAUAAUUCUGCUUUUGCUAGAUAAUAUAGAAUUAUAUAUUUACUAGUUGCGAUACAGUAUACCCAGAUUUUAAAUGUGGGAACUGUGCCUUCUAGGUGUUCUUUAGUUUGUUUUUGUUUUGUUUGUCUGUCUGUUUGUUUUUUAAAUAUGCAUACAGCAGUAUCCCUUUUUUUUUUCUGUUAACUGGUUUGAGGGAAUAUGCAUCACAGUUCGAUUUGUAUUUUUAUAUUGAUGGGAUUAUUUCACUUUUUUUUUUUUUUUUUGGCUUGGGCAAGCUUCCAUACAGUGCAGGUGCAGUUCCACAGGUAUAAUACGGGAAUACUUUAAACUGCUAGUCCUUCCUUAUGUUUGAAUUUCAUUAAUAUCUAAGCUGCCAGAGAUGAAAUGCAAUGCAUACGCAAGUCUGAGGCUUUAAAAAAAAAAAAAAA